CGGAAUUACAGCUUCGCAUGCUUGUUUGCCAUCGACACUGCAAUGGCAAGCCCUCGUGUUGGUUGGCUCCCCGUCCAGCUGGGCCAAGAUCCAUACAGUAUGUUCCCGAGGUAUCUUCUUCUCUUCUGCUGUCAAUUGAUCAAGGUGUCUGCUGAAGCAUGAGUCUUUCUGUAGAGAAGCUCCUUCACCUCCUGGAGGAAGAUCGCAGCAAACGCGAGGAUCAAGCUGCUCGGAAACCUUCGACAGUGCUACAGAAGAAUGUGCAAGAGGUUUGGCAGAAACAUGGAGUCUUGGCUCCAUUGCAAGGUAGCUGGAAACGGCCCAUUCCGGAUCACUUGUAUCAAUGCUCUCUAUCAGCACCACAAACCACUCUAGCAACCUUGUCGUCUUUACCUCGUUCCAUUCGAUCCCGAUUGCCACAAGCCAAACAGAAAGACGAGGUAGUCGAAGUGCCUCUAGCGUAUAUUCAGAUUGACGAAGAAGGUACCGAGGGAGGAGAUCCAAUGGCAGCAGGAGCCAAGAAACGUCAGCUGGGAGGAAAUCUAUCCAACAAAUUAUCUGAGUAUACCCGAGGCGUGUCAGGGCAAUGUCGACCCUUUCGGGCUGGUGGGUUGGGGACAGACGAAACAACGGCUGCUUCCGAAGAAAUUGAUUCCUUUCUGUCGCAACAAGCUGUCAAAGAUGCCCUAGAAGUGCUGGAAAAGGGAUCAGAGGCCAGUUGGAAGGAUGGAACAAUCAUCAAAGCGCCUCCGGGUGUUGAUUUCAAGGUGGGACUUAGCUGGGACGAUGUUCAUGGAAAACCAAAAGACGACAAUCCAGCACAAGAACCCGAGGAACCAUUUGUCGAGGACUCCGAGCAGCCAAAGAUUGAUCUGCUAGUUGACCACAGUGAAGAACCAGACUCAUGGGCAGAACCGCCAAUUGGUGCAGCACAAGCCACAUCUUUUGGAACAACGACGCUCUGGACGGCUCAGGAUUUUCUCGAUGAUGAUUCUCUGUUUGGCAGCAGCGAUGGCGGUGACUCAGACUCUGACGAAAUCGUGGUCAAAAAGAAAGGAAAGAAGCCGUUGAAAGACAUGUUUGACGACUCUUCUGAUAGCGACGAGGAUGGAGGGAAUGAAGAUGAGCAAGUUGACGAAACACAAGACAGUAUACCCCCUCCACAGGCCGAAGAUAAUGACUCUAACCCAGCUGAAGUAUCCACGGAUGCCGGUGAAGUAGAUGAGCUGCUUCUGGAGCUAUCCUUGCCAGAAUCUGGUGAUCUGGACAAGAAACAGAAAACAAGCGUUGCCGACAACAAUAAUCCAUUGGAGCUCGCAGAGCGUCAAUCUCGUGACCAGCAAGAUUCUACUCGCAAGUCAUGGGCCAAUACCAAACUCUUGCCCAUUGACGACAUUAAUGCCUGGAUUCCAAACCCUGCCAUGACCUUCCCCUUCGCCUUGGAUGGGUUUCAACAGCAGGCAAUAGUGCGCCUGGAACGGAAUGAAUCCGUCUUUGUGGCAGCGCAUACUUCGGCAGGGAAAACCGUUGUUGCAGAAUAUGCAGUAGCAUUGGCAAGACAACGGGCCACUCGUUGCAUCUACACUUCGCCCAUCAAGGCCCUAAGCAACCAAAAGUUUCGUGAUUUCAGCUUGAAGUUUGGGGCAGAAAAUGUUGGUCUGAUCACGGGUGAUAUGCAAAUCAACGCAGAUGAUUCGUCUUGUAUCAUCAUGACGACGGAGAUUCUACGAAGUAUGCUCUAUCGUGGGGCUGAUUUGAUCCGUGAUAUAGAAUGGGUGAUCUUCGAUGAAGUGCAUUAUAUCAACGAUACAGAACGUGGCGUUGUUUGGGAGGAAGUGAUUAUCAUGCUACCAGCAUACGUCAACCUGGUCUUUCUAUCAGCAACUACUCCCAACACCAUUGACUUCUCUGAUUGGAUCGGCCGGACAAAACGAAAGCCCGUUCAUGUUGUCCGUACUGAUUACAGGCCCGUCCCACUCUCACACCACAUUUGGGCCGGGCUCAAGUUGCACAAGAUCUUGGAAGGCAAAGGUGGUUUCCUCGAAAAAGGGUAUGCUGAAGCAGCCACUGCGCUGCUUCCUUCCUCUGCAAAGGACUCCGGCAAGAAAGGUAGUGGUCAGAAACCGAAACCCACUGGACGGCAACCAACCGGUUCGAAGCAACUAGCUUGGCAAGCCCAAGGAAGCAAACAAAAUUGGAUGUCUCUUGUCCGCUACUUGGAUAGAGAAUUGCUGACGCCAACCGUUGUGUUUAGUUUUUCCAAGAAGAAAUGCGAAGAGAUCUCUGGGAUGCUCCGGUCGCUGGACUUGAACACUGCCGCCGAAAGAGGCCUCGUGAAAGGUUUCACGCUGCAGACUCGUGCCAGAUUAUCUGAACUCGAUUCAAAGCUUCCUCAGGUGCUAACUUUGUGCGAGAUGGUAGAAAGAGGCAUUGGAGUGCAUCAUGGCGGCUUGCUACCAAUCCUCAAAGAGAUGGUUGAAAUCUUGUUUAGUCGGAAUCUUAUCAAGGUGCUGUUUGCCACGGAAACAUUCGCUAUGGGGGUGAAUAUGCCUGCCAGAAGCGUAGUCUUCAACUCCAUUCGAAAACACGACGGUACUCAAUUUCGGACUCUGCAACCGGGCGAAUACGUUCAAAUGGCAGGUCGAGCUGGUAGACGAGGAUUAGAUACUGUUGGCACGGUCAUUCUCUGUGCAUUUGGUACAGAGCCUCCACCAAUGCCGCAGCUUCGCAACAUGCUCACUGGACAGUCCACGUUGCUGAAAUCCCAAUUUCGUUUGACCUACAACAUGAUCCUGAACCUGCUUCGAGUCGAGGAAAUGAGCGUUGAAAGCAUGAUCAAGCGGUCUUUCAGUGAAUUCGCUGCGCAGAGAGCGCUGACAGCCAACGAAUACCCCAAGCUCUUGGCGCGGGGAACACAUACUUUGAAGAAACUGGAUGAAGCCUUUCAGGCAGAUACGGAACUUAGGAUUGGACUUGAAGAUGUCGAGCCAUACUUUGCCAUCUGUUCCGAAUUGCUAAGUGCCAACAACAAGUUACUUUCUCGCGUUAUGGAAGCUACCACUGGAAGCGGGGAAGGUGUCCUGCAGCCUGGUCGUCUGGUCUUAGUUACAGCUGCACGGAAACUCAAUCUCGUGAGGGCUCCUGCGUUGGUCCUCCGCGUAUCCGGCAGGAAGCCUGGAACUAAGGAACAGUCGACAAUAAUCUGCCUCGCGCUUCUUCCCGAAAGUUACGUGUCCUCGGCUGAUGAUGCGGUCAACGACCUCAAGGGAUCGAAAAUGCCCGCCAAAGUAGGAUACAUUGGAUCUGCAGAGCGGAGGUACUUUCAUAUUUGUGAGGUUGGCUUGGGUGAGGUUUUUGCGGUCACAUCCACCAAGCACAAAAUCGAGGUCAAAGAACUGCUCAAUGACGGCCCUGGAAAGUCACAAGGCGACAAUCGAGGGUUCUUUGCUGCGGCCCCAUCAGUAGGAAGAAAGGCGGAACCUGGCGAUCCAUUCGCUGGUAUGAAGUCACUGGGUGCGGCUCGUGGCAAGACUAGUGAGUCGGCUGAUAGCUUUGGUCGGCCGUCCAGAACCGGGCAGGGAAUUGAUGAAGCAAUGAAAUACCUUGUUGCCGCCGAGGAGAAAGAGCGCGAAGUAGGCAAUCCCAUCAUGGACCUGAAGGAUUGCUCACGAUGUGGAGGUGACGCCAUCGAGUUUCACCAGCUCUAUGACCACAUAGCCGAUCUCUUGGAUCAGGUGCGAUCCUUUGCCUCUCACAGGCAUCCGGGUUUAGAAAGGGUCUACACCCCCUUCGAACGGAAGGAAACCUUGCGGAACAAAGUCGAUGCACUGCGCCAUUUGCUGUCAAAUGAAUCGCUGAAUCUCUUUCCUGAUUUCUUGCAGCGAAAGCAAGUUUUGAUGAAACUUGGUUACGUCGACGAAAACGAAACGGUCUGUGUCAAGGGUAGGGUGGCGUGUGAAGUCAAUACUUGUGACGAACUCAUCGCUACCGAACUCGUUUUUGAGGGUAUUUUGAAUGAUCUGGAACCUCCUGAGAUUGUGGCUGCGCUGAGUUCUCUGGUGUUCCAGGAGAAGAACAAUGAAGACUUGGACGUGGAGCUACCAGAAACACUUCGCGCUUGCUGCACGCAGAUGAAGUUGAUUGCCAAGAAUUUGGGCGUAUUGCAGAAAGCCUGCGGCCUGGAGAUCGAUCCACUUGAGUAUUGCGACAACUCUUUGAAGUUCGGGCUCGUUCAUGUGGUCUAUGAGUGGGCUUUGGGAGUGCCAUUUGCCAAAAUUUGCGAGCUCACCCUAGUCCAAGAAGGGUCAAUCGUGCGGUGCAUGACGAGACUCGAUGAGCUUUGCCGAGAGAUUAGAAACUGCAGCAGGGUAGUUGGAAACCCGUCGCUCUACCGAAAAAUGGAGAUCUGCAGUGUGUCUAUCAAGCGUGACAUUGUUUUCGCUUCAAGUUUGUAUGUGUCAUAGUUGUGGUGAAUGAUUCAAUCAACAAUCAAACAAGACGGGAACGUCUCUGCUACAAGGUGCGGGCUUUGCAGCCGCUACUAAACCGGAAGCUACUAAUGAAGGAUACAAGAUGUGGUUGUCAACACUAAUAUUUUUUGAUAGACUCAAAACAACUGCUACAACUAACUGAACUGGGACUACAGCACGGUUUCUUGGACUUUGAUUGCAAUGCAUGGUUUGCACAUGGGUUUUCUGGCACAGGCUGUCAGCGAAUGGUGUAGGAAACAAUUCUCGAUGGUUCACUCAGUCCUCGGCAUUCUCGGACACGUACUCGCGCUUGACGUUGCCUUGCGAGUCCAGUGUCACUCCAAUGAACGCUGGAUCCGCUGUGACGCCAUUCGCGUCGGUGCCACCAGUCUUCUUUCCCUGGAAGGAAGAGAAGUUGCGUCGUGAGUUCAUCUUCGCUGGUCCUCCCCGUCGGCGAAGCGCUGCUUCUCGAGCAACGGAUACGACUGCUUCGUCUGUGUCCAUAAAAAUUGGACCAUCACCUGAUUUGCAUUUCUUCAUGGUGACUUGACCCUCGGACAUCUCUUCAAUGUUAAUAAGAAACUCUGUGUGCAACCUUUUGCGCUUCCUCCACUCUGCAGCCAUCUUGGGAAUGGCUUUCUUGAGUUUCUUCUUGCGGCCUUCGUUGGCCAAGUUGCCCCGUGCGCCUUCCACAUUCUCGCGAAGCUUACCCACUUCCAUGUCCAAAGUAGCAAUGCCCUGGGCGGCCUCUUCGUUUGUGGGUUCCGCUUCCAGCUUCUCCGCAGUAGUGGUCAAAUUGCGUAGCUCCGAUUGCAAUGUUUUCUCUUCAUCGGCACUCAUUUGGUACUUUCCCUGCACCUCGUUGUAGGCAUCCGGGUCGAGGUCACCUCCGUUCUUGCACUUGGUGUGGUUGACGUAGUAGAUGCCCUUUCCUUUCGCUGCCUUGUGGCGCAUCGACCCACUGAAAGGAUCGUCCGACUUGGUUGAUUUGGCUUUCUUGGGACCGUCCUCGUCGUCAUCUUCGUCGUCAUCGUCCUCGAAAGAGAUCUCCUUGUUCAGCUCGGCCAUCUCAUCAAGACACUUUUUGAGAAUCAUGCCUGGAGAUGGAUGAAGAGACGAGAUAUAUGAUAAGCGGCAUGUUGCUAUCAGAUGCCUUUGUGAUGGGUGGAACAAGCAGCUUCUUAGACUUACCUGGCACCUGCCCUUUGAGCUUCUGUGCGAAUGGAGAAAGGCGAACGAUGGUCAACAACUGCAAUGAACUCGUCGCUGCCGACUACUUUUGAUAAUUUAUUUCCUACACGGAAACGGUACGAACCUUGUAGAUGUCAUCAACUUCCAUGGGACGCAUUUCGUCGUAGAGUAGGUCAUAGAUCAGCUUCUUUGCUUCGGCCUUGCCCAAGACAAGUUCGCUUCCACCGAGUUCCUUUGCCUUUUCCAACCACUGGGCAUGAGCCUUCAAUGUUUUCUCGCUAGCGCCAGCACUCUUCUUCUUUUGAUCGGCUUUUCGGGGAAUGUCGUACGGAGUAGGGGAGGGAGUGAUUGCCGAGGACUUCUUCUUGGAAGAAGAGCUAGCCUGUGAACGAGGGACAGGUGUCAGAUUGGAAUCGUUGCAAACAGAGCCGCCACCGUUCUUGUGCGAAGCAUCGGGCUUUGGAGACAAUACAGUUCCAGAAGGCGCAAUGCUUCGAUCGAUCAAGGACGGCGAGCUCCCAGGCGCGCAGCAGAACUUUCGUAGAUUGCCUUCGUGUUGGGAUGUUGGCAACUGGCUGUUGGGGAAAUCUUCUAGCUUGUCCGGCCAUCCCUCAAAGUCUUCGUCUUGGCAGUUCAAGCAGUAGUACCAGCGCUUCUUAGUGUCAGUCCCUUCGUACAAGACACAGGCAGGGAUUUCCGAGCAGAUCUUGCAGAGCACGCCAUCACUCUUGACCUUCUCCUCUGACAGAAUGGCAACCAAGUUGUAGUCGCUGUCGUCUUCUUCUUCCUCAUCGAUUUCAUUGUCGCUGUCGGCGGAUGCUUUGGCUUCAUCACUCUGAUCGCCCUCGCGGGACUCGUUCGCUUGUUCUUGUUCCGUCGAUUCUUCCACAAUGACAUUGGCAGUGUCGGUCGCCCCACCAUCGAUGUCGUCGGUCAACGUCUUGUCGACACUCGAAGGGCUUGUAGAGGGUGUCUCGGUUGUUUCGGACUCGGUUUUUGUCGGAGAAGUGGCUUCGUCCUCAAUUUUCACCGCCUUUUGAAAGUCGUCUUCGAUCGUGCCAUCCGACUUGGUCUCUUUUGCGUCUUCUUCUUGGGGAUCGACCGGGAGCUCGACUCCUUCGGGCCAUCCUCCAAAGUGCUCUUCUUGACACUCUUUACAGGCAUUCCGAUGCUUCUCGGGCUCCGAUUUGCUGGCGCAGACAAUGACAACCUUGCUCGUGCAACCAUCGGUGGAACACUGCAAGUCGUCGCUCUCGCUCCCAGAAAUCGUUCGAACGAGAUCCCACAGUUCCUCAUCCUGAUUCGCCUUUGCGCUACUGACCUUUGAUGUUUUCCCUUCCUUCGCCUUCUUCUUGCUCUUGGCAGAAGCGCCUUUUUUGUUGCCGCCUUUCGCCAUCUUUCCGAACAAAGGGUCUCCACAGUAUCGUCUCGACAAUCGAUCGACCGAAUCAACGACUUGGUGCGUAGAAGCCGUUAAUGAGCAAGAGCAAAAAGGAAAAGAAAGGAGGCUUGGGGAAAACAGCAGUGGUGCGGAGGAAGCAGCAACGGAAAAUUGGAGUUUGGUCUCAAACCAACAGCAGCGAAGUGAGGAAAUGAGGUCCUCAAGUCGAGUCUCAGAAGAGAGCGCUUUCUAGCUUUGGUUGGACACUGCUUCCGCGACUAGGGAAUGGAUUUGAAUUCCGACCGGGACUCAUAUUUCGCGCCUUUUGCGCAACCUGCUCUUCUCGCAAAAAGGCUGCUACCCAGCAUGGCGACCAUUGUGGUAC